UCAAAAAAUAUCUUCGGCGGUUCGAGCGGUUGGCCAGGACCUGGGGGUGGCCUGAGCAGGAGUGGAGCUUUCGACUUGUCCCGUUGCUGACAGGGCAGGCACUGGAGGCAUACUUAGCGAUGGAUGAGGAGAAGGCGGCGGUGUAUGCUGAUCUAAGGGAGGCACUGCUGGAGAAAUUUAACAUCUCACCAGAAACUUACCGCCAGCGCUUCCGAGUGUCCUCUGUUCCAGCGGGAGAGUCACCAACAGAAACUUACCAUCGCUUGAGGAAUCUGUAUCAACGAUGGAUACGACCUGAGGAGCAUACUAAAGAGGAUAUUGGUGAGGCUGUUAUCCUGGAGCAGCCUUAUGAUACUCGCACAUGGGUACGGGAGCAUGAGCCGAUGACAGGCCUGGCGGCAGCAAAGCUGGCUCAACAGUACAUGAAUGCUCACAGGGGAGGCCUGCGCACUCAACCACCAAGAGGUACUGUACGUUCUGUUUCUGAUCGCUCUGGGGCUGAAGCUGAGAAAAGUCAUGCUGAUCAUACAGACCAUGCACAAGGAAAAAAAUCAUCUGUGGGCAAGGGACUAAUUUGUUUUAUUGCCAACAGCCCGGACACAAAGCAUCAGUGUGUCCUAUUGUCAUGUCCUGUUGUCACCUGGGCACAAGCCAAGGCAGGUCUGCAGCCACUGCCGGACUUGGACACUAGUCUGUUGCAGGGCGGCACUAAGGGCCCUAGGAAGUCACGCCGACAGCGGCGUCUAGAGAAGUACAUGGGCACCCCAGUCUCUAAGACCUCUGUGGAUGGUCUUCAUACCAGUGUUGUUUCCCAGCGGGGCAAAGCACCCCUGCAUCCUCUCCCUGUGAUCUCUUCUCCUUUCAGACGCAUUGCCAUGGACAUCGUAGGCCCACUUGAAAGAAGUAGUGCAGGACAUCUGUACAUCCUGGUGGUUAGCGACUACGCUACAAGAUAUCCAGAAGCGUUUCCACUCUGA